AUGGCUCGUUCCUCCAAACUCUUUCACCAGUUCAACCAUAUUAGGACUUUUGUGAAUGCGAGGGUUAAAUGGGUUCGAGAUCCCGAUCUUGACACUGCAGUUCUCAAAGAGAAAAAUCUUAAACAUGUAAUUUCUCUCAAGAACCAUAUUGUUUCGUCUCCUUCUAAAUCCUUAUCCAUCUACAAUGCCUCUAUGUUGAAAUCUUCACUUGAACUUCCUACGACGACUAUCAAAUUUGUUGAGAAAUAUCGUCAUGUUUUCUGUCAAUUCCAACCGAGUCCUGGUCUCCCUCCACGCAUUAAGCUCACUACUCAAGCUUUAUCCCUCCAUAAAGAAGAGAUGGAAGUACAUAAUUCUCCCACUAACCGUGAAGAGACUGUACGGAGGCUGGCAAGGCUUCUGAUGCUCGCUGGCAUGGCGAGGUUGCCGAUUUAUGUAAUUGAGAAGCUAAAAUGGGAUAUGGGUCUUCCUCAUGAUUAUGUUACAACUCUUUUGGCUUAUUAUCCUGAUUAUUUUGAUGUUUGUGUGGUAAAAGAUCCGUCGUCUGGGGAAGAAGUGCUUGCUUUAGAACUUGUUUCUUGGAGAAAAGAUCUUGCCGUGUCUGAGUUAGAGAAGAGGGUAAUGAGCUUGAACUAUGGUGCAGAUAAAAGAAGACAUGAUAUUGCAUUUCCCAUGUUUUUGCCCACAAGUUUUGCUUUAGAGAAAAGGGUGAAAACUUGGGUUGAGGGUUGGCAAACAUUGCCUUACAUUUCUCCAUAUGAAAAUGCAUUUCAUCUUGACUCGUAUAGUGACCAGGCAGAGAAGUGGACAGUAGCAAUUUUGCAUGAGUUGCUUUCUCUUUUAGUGUCCAAGAAGACAGAAAGACAGAAUUUGAUUUAUUAUGGAGAGUGUUUGGGGUUGGGCUUGAGAUUUAAGAAGGCUUUGGUUCAUCAUCCUGGUAUAUUUUACAUCUGUAAUAAGAUUAGGACUCAGACUGUUGUCCUUAGGGAGGCUUACAGAAAUGAGUUUCUGGUUAAGAAACAUCCAGUGAUGGGUAUGAGAUAUUGGUACAUUCACCUCAUGACGAAGACAUAG